CUCGCCCGGCCAAUUAAUUAUAUAAUUAAUGAUGUAAUUAGGUUUUUUGUAAUCAAUCAAUUAGAUCAAAACUCAACAUUUUCUCUCUUUGUUCUUCAAAAAAAAAUAAAAUGGGAGGAUUAGAUGUAAUUAGAACAAGUUUACGUGAUGAAUACGAAGUGACAGAUAUUUUAGGACGAGGAGGGUUUUCAGUAGUAAGGAGAGGAAAAAACAGAAGGACAAAUGAAGUUGUUGCAAUUAAGACUCUCCGACGGUACGAGCCAGUACCAUCGGAGAAGAAAGAAAAUAACAUUAAAAUUAAUAAGUCGUCGGGAGUAGUACCAGGUUUGAUAUGUGAUACUUUAUUGACAAAUGAAUUGUUAGUUAUGAGGAAGAUCGUUGAAGAUGUUUCUCCUCAUCCUAAUGUUAUUCAUUUGUACGAUGUUUGUGAUGAUUCUUUUGGUGUUCAUCUUAUAUUGGAGCUUUGUUCUGGUGGAGAGCUUUUUGAUCGGAUUGUCGGACAACCAAGGUAUAACGAGGCCAGGGCUGCUUCAGUGGUGAGACAAAUAGCUAAGGGACUUGAGGCGUUACAUGGGGCAAACAUAGUUCAUAGGGACUUGAAACCAGAAAACUGUUUAUUUUUAAACAAAGAUGAGAAUUCACCAUUAAAGAUUAUGGACUUUGGUCUUAGCUCUUUUGAGGAUUUUGCAGACCCAGUGGUUGGUUUAUUUGGUUCAAUUGAUUAUGUUUCACCAGAAGCACUUUCAAGGGAUAAAAUCACUACUAAGACUGAUAUUUGGUCACUAGGUGUUAUUCUUUACAUUCUUCUCUCCGGGUACCCACCUUUCUUCGCACCGUCCAAUCGUCAAAAGCAACAAAUGAUAUUAAAUGGACAAUUUAGCUUUGAUGAGAAAACAUGGAAGAAUAUAUCUUCAUCAGCAAAACAACUAAUUUCCAAUCUUUUAAAAGUUGAUCCCAACAUGAGGCCUACUGCUCAACAGAUAGUUGAAGAUGCAUGGGUGAGGGGAGAGUUAGCAAAGGAAGAAGAAACGGACGCUGAGAUUGUGUCUCGUCUACAAAGCUUCAACGCGCGGCGUAAGUUUCGUGCAGCAGCUAUGGCUAGUGUUCUCAGCAGUAGUUUUAGUUUGAGAAGUAAAAAAUUGAAGAAAUUAGUUGGUUCAUCCUAUGAUCUCAAGCCUCAAGAAUUAGAAAAAUUGAGUCACAUUUUCAAGAAAAUAUGCAAAAAUGGAGAAAAUGCAACAUUGUUGGAGUUUGAAGAGGUGUUAAGAGCAAUGGAAAUGACAUCAUUAGUGGGAUUAGCAGAGAGGAUAUUUGAUCUAUUUGAUAACAAUCGUGAUGGAACGGUUGAUAUGAGAGAGAUAAUUGGUGGCUUCUCUAGUCUCAAAUAUUCACAAGGGGAUGAUGCACUUCGUCUAUGUUUUCAGAUGUAUGAUACUGAUCGAUCAGGCUGCAUUAGCAAGGAAGAAGUUGCAUCCAUGUUGAGAGCACUUCCUGAAGAUUGUCUUCCAUUGGAUAUAACAGAAGCUGGAAAACUUGAUGAGAUAUUUGAUUUAAUGGAUACAAAUAGUGAUGGCAAAGUCACUUUUGAUGAGUUUAAAGCUGCUAUGCAAAGAGAUAGUUCACUUCAAGAUGUUGUACUAUCCUCACUUCGUCCUAAUUAAUUAAUUAUAUUUUAAUAAUUUGUACGUACCACACUAAUUAUAUUUCUAAUCUCUUAACUUUUCUUCACAUUCAUUUUAUUAUCACUACUCACAUGAGUAGUUAAUCAUAUAUAUGUAUUUUUCUUUUUCACUACUAGCUAUUAUCGCAUGUAGUUUUCUAUCCCUUAUUGUUUCGGCCCCCUUUUUUAUUGAGAAAAUGCAUAAGCUCAAGCUUCUUUUAUAUUUCAUUGACAAUGCAUUUCUGGGAUUAAACAAGAAAAGAGUAGCAAUUCCAUUUAUGCUACUACUUAGAUAUUAUGGUUGUUUGAUGGUUCAUACAAAAAUGAAAGAAAAUCACGGAUGGAAACUAGCAAUGCAGUGAGAAAUUACUACGUUUGUAACAUUUUCACUAUUAUACUGGAUUUUCCUGAAACAAUGAUACUUUGUCCAUCCAACAAAUUCAAAAGCAGCCAAGCAAGGUUCCAUGAAGAGAGUAAAUCAUUCACCCGAUUAUCAUCUUGACAAACACUAGAAGAAAAAAUUCAGCUGUUCCCUUCACAAUUCAAAUCAGCAAUAAUGAAUAAA